AUAAUCUUCCAAGUUCUGAUACUUUAUUAGAUUAUUUUUUACCACAAAGUAGUAUAGGACCUAUUCGUAAUACUAGAAAAAGGCCCAUAUCGGCAAUGGACCAAUUUUUUACUCGGACAAAAGAAUCACAGAUCUGCAAAUAUUGUAAUAUCAAAUAUAGUAAUACAACAUCUACCGGGACUUUAAAAACACGUGGAAAAAAUUCACCAAGAAAUUAA